AUGGCUUCCGGCAGCACACGUCGGCCUGGAAAACAGGGCGAAUGGUACACCGGCGACCCGAACAGGCUGUCCAAGCAGCUCGACGGGUUCUUAUCCGACGUCCCGGACCAGAUUGACGGCGACGGCUUGCCUGUGCCCGGCGCCAGGGUCAUCAUCGCGCCUCACGCGGGCUACUCCUACUCCGGCCCGACGGCAGCCUGGGCCUACAAGGCCCUCGACCUCUCCAAAGCCAAGCGCGUCUUCCUCCUCGGGCCCUCGCACACCUACUACCUCCGCGGGGUCGCCGUCACGACGUACAAGAACUACGGCACGCCCUGGGGCACGCUGCGCGUCGACGAGGCCGUCACCGCCGAGAUCCGCGCCCGGGACGGCGUCGCCGACAUGCCGGUCCGGAACGACGACAAGGAGCACUCGCUCGAGAUGCACCUGCCCUACCUCUGGCUGCGCCUCGAGCAGACCUUCGGCUCGCCCGACAACUUCCCGCCCGUCGUCCCGAUCCUCGUCGGCGACAACAACAAGGCCGAGGAGAAGGAGGUCGGGAAGUGGCUCGCGCCGUACCUCAAGGACGCCGAGAACGCGUUUAUUGUCAGCUCGGACUUUUGUCAUUGGGGCAGCCACUUUGAUUACACGGUGUACUCGCCCGACGGCACGGUGGAGGGGAUGAAGCGGCUGCGCGGGUACAGCGCGCCGGAUGGGCCGCCGAUCCACGAGACGAUCAAGAUGGUGGACGACCUCGCGAUUGAGGCGAUCAAGACGGGGAAGCAUAGUAGUUUCUACGAUAACUUGAAGCAGACGAAGAACACGGUCUGCGGGCGGCACCCGAUCGGGGUGACGAUGGCCGCGCUGGAGGAGCUCGGCGAGGGGCACCCGGUGUUCAAGUUUGUGCAGUACCAGCGGAGCAGCAUGGUGACGGAGCCGAGCGACUCGAGCGUGAGUUAUGUCUCGGCGUACGCUGUGGUAUGA